AUGUCUCAAUCGCUGCCAACUCGAGAAAACCAUCACAAUGAGGGGACCCGAGGCGGCGAACCCUUGAGUCCUGGAUCCCAAUAUCGUGUACCUCAGGAUCAAGAAAAAAUACCAAAACAGUUUGGUGAAGCAACAGAGUCUGUCCAUGACGUUUCACCUUCGACUUCUCGUGAUGAUGCUGCUUCGUCGUUGGAAGAUAGUGAGCUGCGAGAUGUUGAAGCCAGUAUCGCAGAACCCCCGUAUACUGUUUUCACGGCCAGUCAGAAAAGGUUCAUUGUCCUAUUGGCAGCCUGUGCUGGCUUCUUCUCUGCUGUUUCUGCAAACAUUUAUUUCCCAGCUCUGAACUCACUUACAGAGGAGUUCAAUGUUUCGGCAACGCUAAUCAACCUGACUUUGACUACAUACAUGAUUGCUCAGGGUAUAGCACCGGCUAUUAUGGGCGAUCUAGCCGACAUGGCUGGUAGACGACCAGCAUACUUUGUGUGCUUUGUCAUCUACAUUGGUGCAUGCAUAGGCAUUGCACUAUGUCAGGAUUAUGUCUCUUUACUCAUUCUGAGAUGCCUGCAGAGCGCAGGAUGUGCUGCAACUAUUGCACUGGGAAGCGGUGUUGUUGCUGAUAUAGCAACAAGUGCUGAGAGGGGCACGUUCAUGGGCUAUGUUACUUCAGGACCCAUGGUUGCUCCUGCUCUAGGGCCAGUAAUUGGGGGUAUUCUUGCACAAUUCCUAGGCUGGCGAUCUAUCUUCUGGUUUCUAGUUAUUUUGAGUGCUUGCUACCUGGUGCCGUUCCUAAUCGCCUUCCCGGAAACUGGUCGGAAUGUCGUUGGUAAUGGAGCCAUAAAGCCACAAAGCUGGAACAGGUCACUUAUCAACUAUCUUCACGAGAGAAAGGCGGCCAAAGCGCCAACCUUGACCCGGACAGUUACGCGAGAAAGCGUGCGACUUGAAGAAGCUCGAUUGAUUAAAGCUCGCAAGCUACGUUUCCCCAACCCGCUGAAGACCCUCAAGAUAGUCUUCGAGAAGGAUACUGGCAUCUUGUUGCUCUACAACUCGCUAGUCUACACGGCUUUCUACGAUGUCACAGCUAGCAUGCCAUAUCUAUUUGGGUUGAUUUACAACUUUAACGAUCUUCAGAUCGGUCUUUGCUUCAUUCCCUUCGGUAUAGGAUGUCUGAUUGCUCCAAUACUGGGCGGAAAGGCUCUCGACUGGAACUUUCGCCGUCUGGCCCUCAAGCACGGGUUCCCGGUCGAUAAGAAACGGGCUACUGAUCUCAAAGACUUUCCACUGGAAAAAGCUCGCAUCCAAGUGACGUGGCCUCUGGUGAUCGUUGGCGACGCAGCCUUGCUGUGCUACGGCUGGGUUAUGCACGUGGAGGCGAACUUGGCUGCGCCUCUGGUCUUACUCUUCUUCAUCGGACUCUGCUUGACGGGCGCCUUCAACUGUAACAGUGUUAUGUUGAUCGAUCUCUACCCGCUCAGCCCAUCGACGGCAACAGCAGCGAACAAUCUUGUUCGAUGUUUCAUGGGAGCGGGUGGAACAGCCAUCAUAAUCAUCAUGAUAGAGCAUAUGGGUCGAGGUUGGUGUUUCACCUUCAUAGCAGGUGUGGUGAUGCUUUUCUCGCCCAUUCUCUGGGUGCUCGAGAAAUAUGGACAAGGCUGGAGAAAUGCAAGGACUCAACGCGUUGAAGACGAGAGGGGAAAGAAACAGAUGGCCGAACAAGAGAAGGCCGACGAGUUACGAGAUCAUGAAGGCCAUGCCGAGAAGUAG